AUGCAGAAUUACAAGACAGGAGUUGGGGCCCUGGGGAACUCCUUCAUUCUGGUACUUUAUACCAUUACCUUCUUCACUGGUCAUAGAUUAAGACCUAUAGACUUAAUUAUUACCCAUCUGGCUUUUGUCAAUGACUUAGUACUUCUCUCCAAAGGGAUCCCUUAUACAAUGUCUGCUUUUGGACUCAUUAACUUCAUGAAUGAUUUGAUAUGCAAAUUUGUCAUCUACUUUCACCGAGUGGCCCGUAGCCUUUGUCUCUGCACCACCUGCCUCUUGAGUAGUGUCCAGGCCAUCACCAUCAGUUCAGGGAGCUCCAGGGGGGUCCAGUUCAAAACCCAAGUCCCAAAGUACAUUUCCCUCUUCAUUCUUUUCUGCUGGACCUUCCAACUCUUGACCAAUUAUAUUCUUCUAGAGACUAUAAGCAACCCAAAGAUUAGCAAAAAUGUCACUAAGAUAAUAGAUUUUGGCUUUUGUACUUUUGCAUUUCUAACCUCAGUUAACAUCUCACUAUAUACGUUUGUAAUCUCUCUUUUCGACAUUGUUUGUAUGGCAAUCAUGGUCUGGACAGGUGGAUAUAUGAUAUUUUUCCUAUGCAGAUAUGACCAACAAAUCCAGUAUAUUCAUAGCAGCAAGCUCACUCCUAGAGGUUCCCCUAAGACCAGAGCCACUCGAACCAUCUUGCUGCUGGUCAGCUUCUUUGUCUUCUUUUAUUCAUUAAAUUCUAUCUUUUCAUGGUAUAUGUAUCAUAUAAAUCUACUCCCCUGGAUGCCUCUUCUCUGCACCCUCAUCACCAUCCAUACUAUUGUCAAUGUAGGUACCACCCUAACCAUCCCACUGAUCAGAAAGAGACAGAUACUAUAG